UCACCCGUAUGUUCAUCUCAUUAGCUGACAUAUCUCCUUCAUCCACUUUUAAAAGUUUCAUUUUUUUAACUGUGCACGCGGAAACCCUUAUUUGGCGUGCUUUUUUCUUCUUUUUUUUCUCAGGCGUGACGCAACGCGGCUUCAGCCCAAUGGGGCUCCAGAGCUGCGACCGAUAUGCAAACGAGCGGCCCUUAUUUGGGCGUGUCCCCGCCCCCUCGCCGAUCCGCGCCGGUCCCGCGGGAGGCUCCGAAGCCUCGGACCCCGGGAGAAGGAGCUCUCCGCCGGGACGGAGGAGCCAUAAAGAGCCGGGGAGGGAGGGGGAUGAGAUUUUCUCGCUGCCCAAUCCCCCUGUUCCCCCGGGAGCGAGCAGCCUUCCGCGCUCCGUCCCUCCCUCUUGUUUGCUAAUCAUUUCAUUUUACUCCUUUUUGAAGCGGUGGCUUGUUUUUUUUAUCCCACUUUUCAUUUCUCCACAAUCCGCGGCUGCUCGCCUCCCUCUGAUCCCGCUCUCCACGUUGCGUUCUCCCGGCGUCGCAGGCUCUGGAUCCCGGUGAUUCUCGCCUCUCUGACUCUCCCCUUCUCUCUCUCUCUCUCUCUCUCCCUCUCACUCUCUCUCUCCCUCUCACUCCCUCUCCACCUUUCUCUACCGGCUCCUCGGAGAUGCUCUCCCCGCUCUGCGCUCCUCUCUCCGCCCUCUUUUAACUUCACAGAGCCGCCGGUUUUUUAAAGCUCAGAGUGCUGCGGAGCCGCGGCUGGGAUCUAAAACCACCCCACAGAAACCCAGGGGGAUCCCGGACUCUUCUUUGGACCCGGACCCGGUACUUUGGGGGAAGCGUGUCCUCCACCCCUCCUGCUCCACUCCUUCCGCAUCGCUCCUCUUUUUCUCCACCUUAAUCCAGGUGGUCCUUUCGCUUUUUUUUGAGUGUUGGGUACAAGGAGGAUUAUUCUUCUUCUUUCUUGUUUCUGGUGAAGACAAAGCUCCCAGAAGGACACUUUGAUGUUCUCCAUCCAGGACAGCCUCCCCCGGGGGGCCCUGACCAUGAAGGAGGAGCCGCUCCCCACCGGCAUGACCCCGGUCCGCUCCUGGAUGCAGGGCGCAGGGAUUUUGGACGCCAACACAGCGGCCCAGAGCGGCGUCGGCUUGGCCCGCGCUCACUUCGAGAAGCAGCCGCCCUCCAACCUGCGCAAGUCCAACUUCUUCCACUUCGUGCUGGCGCUGUACGACCGGCAGGGCCAGCCGGUGGAGAUCGAGAGGACGUCCUACGUGGACUUUGUGGAGAAGGACAAGGAGUACAACGGAGAGAAGACCAACAACGGGAUCCACUACAGGCUACAGCUCCUCUACAGCAACGGCAUCAGGACGGAACAGGACCUUUUUGUGCGUCUGAUCGACUCGAUGACCAAACAGCCCAUCCUCUACGAAGGUCAGGACAAGAACCCGGAGAUGUGUCGCGUCCUCCUCACCCACGAGAUCAUGUGCAGCCGGUGUUGUGACAAGAAGAGCUGCGGGAAUCGCAACGAGACGCCCUCCGACCCCGUCAUCAUCGACAGAUUCUUCCUCAAGUUUUUCCUCAAGUGCAAUCAGAACUGUUUGAAAAAUGCAGGGAACCCACGAGACAUGAGGAGGUUUCAGGUGGUGGUCUCCACUACGGUCAACGUGGACGGGCACGUGCUGUCGGUGUCAGACAACAUGUUCGUCCACAACAACUCCAAACAUGGCCGCCGCGCCCGGCGCCUGGACCCCUCUGAAGCAGCCACGCCCUGCAUCAAAGCCAUCAGCCCGAGCGAGGGCUGGACGACCGGCGGCGCCACCGUCAUCCUCAUCGGGGACAACUUCUUCGACGGCCUGCAGGUGGUCUUCGGCACCAUGUUGGUGUGGAGCGAGCUGAUCACGCCUCACGCCAUCCGGGUCCAGACCCCCCCUCGUCACAUCCCCGGAGUCGUGGAGGUCACGCUGUCCUACAAAUCCAAACAGUUCUGCAAAGGAGCGCCGGGGCGCUUUGUCUACACUGCCUUGAACGAGCCCACCAUAGACUACGGCUUCCAGAGGCUACAGAAGGUCAUCCCUCGCCACCCCGGGGACCCCGAAAGGUUACCUAAGGAGGUGCUGUUGAAGCGAGCAGCUGACCUGGUGGAGGCUCUAUACGGGAUGCCACACAACAACCAGGAGAUCAUCCUGAAGCGGGCCGCUGACCUCACCGAGGCGCUCUACUCCGUCCCCCGCAGCCACAACCAGCUGCCCUCCCUCACUGGCUCCGCCCACUCGGGGAUGAUGGGCGUGAACUCCUUCAGCAGCCAGCUCGCCGUCAACAUCUCCGAGGCCUCGCAGGCCGACCAAGGUUACUCCCGUAACUCGAACAGCGUGUCCCCACGCGGCUACGUGCCGAGCUCCACCCCCCAACAGUCCAACUACAACACCAUCACCUCCACCAUGAACGGAUACGGGGCGGGGAUGACCAACCUGGGCGUGCCCGGAUCCCCCGGCUUCCUCAACGGCUCCACCAACUCCGCCUACGCAAGCCCUUAUUCAUUCUCUCCUGUCCAUAUGGUUUCUGCAGUCAAACAGAAGAGCGCCUUCGCCCCCGUCGUGCGGCCACAGACCUCCCCGCCCCCCACCUGCACCACCACCAAUGGCAGCAACCUCCAGGCCAUGGCAGGUCUCAUCGUGCCCCCCAUGUGAGGAGGAUUCUCAGCCAGAUACUGUCAGACACCCUCCACCACCACAACCAACACCACCCUAAACCCCCACCGCCACCGGCCCCACCCACCUGAAAUACCACCAAAAAACCCAACCCUUCCCAUUGUGCCCUCCACUGACCCAGAAUGCACCACUGCAGCAGAAGAAGUUUGACUCAAAAUUGGACGUUUUCUCAGAAGGAGGUCAAAGGUCAGCUGUGCUGUGAACUGUAGGGGGGAAGGGGGGGGGGGCAGGUGUCUGCAGUACUACAUGUUUAGAGUAUUAGUUGUGCUUGACUUCAGAAGUCUGUGGAAACUCAACAGGUCUGGGAUCAGUUUGAAGAAGGAGGCGUGUCCACCGGGAGCUUCGAUCUCAUUGGCUUACACGUCCACCCGGUUUGAUCCCGUCAGAGUUAUUUAUCACUUAAUUUAUCUCUAUAUAAUAUGAAAUAACAAUACAUUAUGAGACAAGAUGCUGUCGUGGAGUACUGAAGACCAAAGGAUCUCAUUUAGAAACAUUUUAAAGUUCUACACAACAAGACAUCCUGAAGCUUUACUUUGCUUUAGGAGGCACUAAAACCCACACCUGAAAUGGAAUUAUUAAUAAUAAUAGUAAUUGUGCUUUGAUCAAAAUGUUAUUGAGCUUAAUUCUAUUUUAAAUACAUUGCAAAAUAAAUGAACACACUAAACAAAAUAUUUGGUUUUGUAUGAAAUGGGUUAAAAUAUGCAAAGCAGGUGUUGUUGAAAGUCCAUCUUAAUUAAUUCGGUCCCCAGAUUAUGUUUAAAUAAAAGUAUAACAAUUAAACAGUAGCAAUAAAAGUAUAACAAACAACAUUUUUUUGGUUAAAGAAACCAGUUCCAGUGUGUUUCAUUUGUGGCAUUAAAGCCAGCUGAGGUCUCCAGAACCUCCGGUCGGUGCUCUUCAUCCUGCGGAUCAGAAGCUCUCGGUGGACUCGAGUUUGACCAAUCCAAUUCAAUCUCUUCAUGAAACCUUCCCCCAAAGGAUCGCACUCCUCAAAGAUCAGAAGUCACACCUUCUAGCGUCUCCUGUUGUGUUCCAGAGCGUUUUAACUAUGUUUCAUAAUCUCAAGACAGAACUAACAAAGGUCCCGCAGAGAGAAGAACAACAGCCCAACUCUUUACUUUCUUUACUAGUCUCUCUUUUAAUUUCUUGUUUUGGACGUCUCGCUCUUUUCUUUCUUUUUUUUUUUUAAUCCAGUACAAUAGUUCUGUUUGUCGAUGGUAGAUUUUAACCAGAAAAGGCUUGCAGCCAUUUUAAUCACAUUUAAGGUACCAGAUUUUUCUUGUUAUCCUUCGGAUUGUGCUUAUUUUAUAUGUAUUUAUAAAAGUAUGUUUUUGGGGAGUUCCUUUUGUGAUUUUAGGCCUGAAUGAUAGUCUCAAAUAUAUAUGUAAACACAUUUGAUGUCUUAAUACCUUUUAGAUAUUGUAAAAAGAGUGAACAAGUGAGAGGAAAUAACCCUUUUGUAAAAACAAAACUGAGAAAAGUCGAGACGUGCUCACCCUGUUUUUUGAAAGCAGGACGUAAAAAAAAAGCUUUCAUCACUUUUGUAUAAAAACGCUUUUACGAUAUAAUAUUUAACUUUUUGUAAACAGCAUCAUUUGUGUUUCCCCUGGUUCUUCUCGUCCUUUGUGUAUUAUUGUGAAAUGUAUAAUCAUGGUUAUUUCUUAAUGCACUAUUUUUUUUGUUUGUUGGGGCACUUACUAAGAGAAAUGCAUCUUAGCUUAAAAAAAAGAAGAAAAAAAAGCUAAAAGUAAUACAAAAAAGAUGAAAUCGAGAAUGAAAUGCACCGAUAUGUUUUUCUUUUUUUCCUUCCGUUGGGAAACGGCAAAAAUCCUCGUCAUGUGAAAUCUUAAUAUUUCAGAAGCUUAUAGCGUCAUAAUACUCCUCCACUUUCACGUCUGGACCGCGAUCGGAAGACAAUUCCCGUCUCGAUAUCAAACCAGAUCUUCGUCUUUGUGUUUUUCGGUGAGAACAACGGUACGAUUUUUAAAAAACAGAAAAGAACAAAAAACAGACAACAGAUUUUAAAACUGAGAAAUCACGUUUUUUCGUGUCUUCGUAUCUUCGUUUUUUUUCUCUCUUCAUUUACAAGACCUGAAGGAGACGUCCGCGGACGUUGGUGUCGUUCACUUAUGCAACCGCCGCUCGCCUUCCGCGUCGCCGUGGAGACGUUGGGAAGAAUUAACCACGAUGUUCGGCUUCACUUUGUCUGACAAAGGUUCGCUUCUGCAGACGAUACCGUGGGUGUUUUUUUUUUCAUUUAACAAGUCUCAAGUCAAACUGUGGGAACGCUUUUAGUUUUAUUUGUAUUUUUUUUGCACCAGACGUUCGUCCCUCAGGUUUCCCCCAAAAAACACAAGUUCAGCGCCGACCUGAAAUAGGAAACGCUACGUUAGCGGUCAGCUAGGUUAUCAGUUAGCCUUCCGAACAAGGGGAACCUCCUGGAUUGCGUUGGAAAGGAGAACGGCGCCCCCAAACCACAGGGGGAGGUACUGCAAGGCGACGUUAGCACUACUUUAAACAUUACAUCUACGGCACGUGAUUAUGAAUCAACAUCUCACAAUUACUAGAGAUGACGUUGCAUUACACAUGUUAUAUAAAUAUUUAAAAUUUACAAAGAUCAGAAAAAAAUCUGAAAAUCAACCAGAAGAUGUGAAUUCAUCAGAAUCUCAAACUUUUACAACAAAACUAUAGUACGGCUUCACAAUAGCGUGAUAUUUUCAAGCCAAUGUUUCUUCAUCUGGAACAUCUGUGCGCCAGAAGACCGUCACGCGAGCGAAGGAGAAUCCCAAGUUUUGGACUUUAUGCAAAUGCAGCAGGACGCUUCGGUCUGUGCACAACAUCAGCCGAACAUCUGCCCAGUGUCUUUAGGAGAAGCCAUUGGUCUCACGACACUGAGGGAACGCAGCCGGUCUCCGUACGCCUCCAACCUCUCCGUACGCCUCCACCUCUCAAACCAUCUUUUUUUUUUUUUUUACUUCGGUCAGUUUGUAGAAAGUUUUUGCUUCUCACCGUCUCGGUUCUCUCGGCCGAGGUCGUUAAAAACGGCAAAAGUUUUACUUUUACUCAAUGUUUUACUUCAAUGUGAAAGAGGGCAGAGGUACUGCAUCUUUGUGAAAUAUGAAAUAUAUCAUCAAAGUAUAUCAAAGCACAAUGUUUAAUUAAUGUCUUUAGAGUACAAACAGCUUUCUUUCUUUUCCGUCUCUGGCCAUGCUGUAAAUAGAUGCAUGUCUUUUUUUGUUUUUUUUCCUGUGAUCCAGUGCUUUUUGUACAGAAACAGUCUAAUAAAGAUUACAUUUGGCUUGAA